UGGCAACACUUUCAAUCAAAACUGUCAUAGACGCUGGAUACUCUGUUAAAAAAUGUCAAAUUUUGCCGUGUGUCUUGUCUAUAGUCUGUUUCUGUUGUCGAAUUUUAAGGCACCUACGAUGCAUUAUUUAGUCAAAACAUCUUAAAAUGUGUUAUUGAAUUAAACUAAACAUUGUAAUUUAACUUCAAAUGGCGGAUUUUGGAGUAAACACUUGAAACAGGGAACCUUGAACAUAAUUGAUUGUUGUUUUGCAGUGUUUAUUAAAAUGUCGAAGAAUGGCGAAGUAUCGUCAAGUCAAGGGCCGAGUAGACCAAACAUGCCAAAACCUGAUUUAAAUUUGUUCAGUUCAGAAAAACGCAAAAUGUUAGAUUUACAGCUUGGUGGUCCAUCAGGUGAUGGGGCGGCAUUUAUGCCCUUCCCUACGAAUACACCGGGGCCAAAGGCGAGAGUGCCAGCGCGUACUAUCAGAGAUGUUUUACCAGACAAUACCAGAGAUAGAUGUAGAAUUUAUCCAACUAUGCAGUCAUCGGGUAAAUUGCAAUUAUCAGCCACAGAAAUAUAUGAUUUUACUGCAGAUGACUUACAGGAUCUUGGUGAAAUUGGUAGAGGAGCAUUUGGAGCUGUUAAUAAAAUGGUUCACAGGAAAACUAACAGAGUGAUGGCUGUGAAGAGGAUUCGCUCCACAGUAGAUGAGAAGGAACAAAAGCAAUUGCUUAUGGACCUUGAAGUGGUCAUGAAAAGUAAUGAAUGUCUCUACAUUGUACAAUUUUAUGGAGCAUUAUUUAAGGAAGGUGAUUGUUGGAUAUGCAUGGAGCUGAUGGACACAUCUCUAGACAAAUUUUACAAGUUCAUCUGUGAAAGAAUGCAGACUCGAAUACCUGAAACUAUUUUAGCUAAAAUAACACUUGCAACAGUCAAAGCUUUAAAUUAUUUAAAGGAGAAGUUAAAAAUUAUUCAUCGGGAUGUAAAACCUUCUAAUAUAUUAUUAGACAGAAGGGGGAACAUAAAGUUAUGUGAUUUUGGUAUAUCAGGUAAACUAGUGGACUCAAUAGCGAGAACUCGGGAUGCUGGAUGUAGACCGUACAUGGCACCAGAACGAAUCGACCCAGGUCGUGCUAGAGGAUAUGAUGUGCGCUCCGAUGUUUGGUCUCUCGGAAUAACAUUAAUGGAAGUGGCAACGGGAGCCUUCCCAUACCCCCGCUGGGGCUCCGUUUUUGAACAGUUACAACAAGUAGUGCAAGGAGAUCCGCCGCGUCUCACCAAUAAGAACAACUCGUUCUCAAAUAACUUUGUACACUUUGUCAAUACUUGCCUUAUAAAAGAAGAAACUCAACGACCUAAGUACAACAGAUUAUUAGAGCAUCCAUUCAUUAAAGGAAUAGAGCAAAGUCGCGCGGACGUUGCAGCGUACGUGUGCGAAAUUCUCGACGCGAUGGAAAGGAACGGAGUCAGCCCAUUCACCACGGACCAGCCUGCGCAAGCUUGGGUUGAUUAAUCCAUUCGGAUAGUACCGACGUGGCUAGAAAUUCUAGACCUAGCCUAGUCCUAGAUAAAAACCAAACAUAGAACCCACUUUGAUAAUCAGCGAGUGAAUUUAUAAAGCAUCGGGCUACUAGAGACCCUUGUUUAGCUUUUGCCAUACAAACAGUAUUGUGGAAUAUAAUUUAUAUCCAUCUGGUCACAUUAAAUUAGAUGCACUUAAAUUUAGGUUUCAUAAAACAAGAAAUUCAACAUUGGCUUGCCUUAGUUGAAUUAGUGAAAUCUUAGAAAGGGUUGAAUUUUAUGUGUCUUUUAUACUAUAACAGUAUGAAAGGGACAAUAUAAUGCAUAUGCUAGAAAAAGUAGGAAAUUUCUUUUGUAAUCUCUUCUGCAAUUUGUGGCACUAAUGAGAUAAUUUAUUUCUUAUGUAUAUUACAACUUUUAAAUUUUCUAUGUAAAUGUUGUUGGGUUCCCAUGAAUACAAUUUACAGUUUUAUUUAGUAUUGUAUUUAUUAUAUUUGUCAUUUUUUAUAUAUAAUUUAUUUUUAUUGAUGUUACAUACAAUGAAGUUGUAUUGUUUUCAAUCCUAAUCAAGUAAAGAAUUUAACUCAUGAAUAAAUAGAGUUUAUGAAGUGUACUAAAGUUGCAAUUAAUAUUUCUGGUUUUAUUUAUUUUUACUUUUAAUAAGCGUACUUUAAAUGACAUAUUUUUUGUGAAAUUUGUGUAAUUGAGAAAAUAUGUUUUAGUAAUGAUGGGAGCCUGGUCUUGUUGACUAGAAAUGUUAAAAUUGUAAAAUAAAUUUUUAUUGUGGAUGUGAAAUGCUUAUUAUUUUAUUUGGCAGACUGAGGGACACAAAAGGCCCCUCCGGUCUUAUGUAUAGGUGUAAUUUUGUAAUAAAAUUGUAUAUACAGAUGGAUAAUAAUUAAUUGUUAAGUAAAAAAUAAUUUUAAAGCAACCAUUUUAUAUGGCAGCAAUACACCUAAAUAAAACACAUGCAAUUGAUUUCCAUUCUAUUUAAUCUAAAUUUCUUAUAUUUAAAAAUUCACAAUAUUGUAAUAUUUAAGGAAUAGAAUGACAUGAUGCAUUAUUA